AUGGCAGAAUCCGAGGUCAAGACCGAGCUCAGCACUGAGACCAACGACGUGAAAGCCGUCGACAGCCCUGAUGUAGGGUCGCAGAGUAAUGUGGUCGAAGCACCUCCCGAACCCCCAAAAGAUCCUCGAUUGAGGCGACGCGUGCUGCCAAACCCAAUCGUCGACGAUUUGACCCAAGCAAACUUCAAGCGCGGUGUUCUGAUCCCACUCAAAACAACACAAGAAGUCCGCCAGGACCACACAAUUGUUCAGGCAACAAUUACGAGGGCGCCAACGAAGUCCGCUAAUGACGUGCUUACAUGUGCGAAGCCCACAGACCUCCCAGCUCAUCUAAAGACGCAGUUCAUGAACGAUACACCAGUUGGUAGGCAGAUCCACACUGCCAAAUCUAAUUGGAUUUAUAUUGUCAUCGGCGAAGUCAAAGAAUUCACCAGGGAAGAACUUGUCGAGGCUUUGUCGCCCAUCAAGGGCAUGGAAUCGGAGCUGUUUUUUGCUACCAUACCUAUCCCACUGCUCGCCCCAACAUCACAAGUCCAGGCGGCUAUGUGGAGUACGCAAUUCUGGCCUACGGUGUAUAGGAAGAAUAAUCCUCUUGGGCCACAUCCUAGUGUUGUAGCACGUGGAAGCGAGGAAAUUAUGGACUCGGCAUCCGUCUGGAUGGCUCUGGCCUACCGCGUCGCUCAGCAAGGGAAAGAUACCGGUAUUGGAGAGGCUAUUGGGGCUGUCAUCGUCCAAAGAGAUGAUGAUGGAGCAAGGCUUGUAGGUCUUGCUGCAGACGCUCGCUGGCAUCAAGAGCCCGGAGGCUUUGAGGGGUUGACCCUUCCGUUGACGCAUGCCGUCCUUCGUGCCAUCAGCAUGGUUGCACAGAAACUUGUCCGACAUGAAAGAAGAGCCAAAGGGAUGGCGUUUGAGGGUCCAAAUCUAGAAUAUGAUGCGUUCCAGGACCAACCCCUCACCGACCUCGAGAAGCAGUGCUUCAAACAAGAGCACCCAAACAAGGACGGCUAUCUUUGCCAUGCACUGGAGCUAUACGUCACACAUGAGCCAUGUGUGGAGUGUUCAAUGGCACUGCUUCACUCGCGCAUGGGAAAGGUUGUUUAUGCCAAGCAUAUGCCUCGUACUGGAGGCUUGAGCUCAGAUGAUCGUCCAGACGGAGGCGGACGAGGGUUGGGACUAUUCUGGAGGCGAGAGCUUAACUGGAGCUUACAAGCUUGGGAGUGGGAAGGCGAUGGCCUUCCUCACCUGCCUCUACUCACACCAACUACUCAUGUGUAG